AUGGCAUCAUCAGGGAAGGGACUCGGGACUCAAGGCUCGAGAGCAGGUGGGGUUUUGUCAGCGAUCAGUGACAGUGUGUCUCGGAAGCUCACCGGGGUUCAGAAACAUCAGUUAAGACGUCUGUUUCUUAAAGUGCUUGUUGGAGCUGUUUAUCUUGGACCAUUUGGGCAUUUCCUGCAUUUACUACUUGAUAAUAUUUUCAAGGGGAAGAAGGAUUCAAAAACAGUAGCCAAGAUGUUCUGGCCUGCUCUGGGUUGGAUAAAUCACCAGUAUGUGCCACUCCAUCUCCGUGUCGUCUUCCACAGCUUGGUCGCUUUUGGCUGGUACAAGCUAUAA